GACCUCACUCUUCAUCUCUGCAGUUCUCGCGAGAACACAAUCCCGGAAGUAGUAAUGUGAAUCACAUGAUCGAUCUUCCUUGCUGGCACUCAGCUUGGAUAGCUAUGUCAAAAUAACUGUUUUGUUUGUGUUGCUGAUGCGGUCUUCAUCUAGGUUGACAUUCACAAAGAACUUCCACCAUGCAAAACAUGAUAAACACCGUGAAGGGGACAGCCCUGGGAGUGGCGGAGUUUCUGACUCCAGUGUUGAAGGAGUCGAAAUUCAAAGAGACUGGCGUCAUUACACCAGAAGAGUUUGUAGCAGCUGGAGAUCACCUGGUUCAUCAUUGCCCCACGUGGAAGUGGGCGACUGGAGAGGAAGUGAAGGUGAAGCCCUAUUUGCCGCAGGACAAACAAUUUCUGUUGACGCGUAAUGUUCCUUGUUACAAACGCUGUAAACAGAUGGAGUAUUCGGACGAGCUGGAGGCCAUCAUAGAAGAGGACGAUGGAGACGGGGGCUGGGUGGACACGUACCACAAUGCAGCAGGUGUGUUAGGAGUCACAGAUGCUGUCCAAGACAUUUCUCUGGACAAUAACAAGGACAAGAACAUGAACGCCACAUCUGCGGCGGCAUGUUGUGAUGACGAGGAUGAAGAUGAGGAUGAAGAUGGAGAAGCAGCAGAUAUGGAAGAAUACGAAGAGAGCGGCUUGUUGGAAACAGACGAGGCCACCCUGGACACCAGUCAAAUGGUGGAAACCAAAACCAAACCAGAAGCUGGGUGUGAGGACGCCAUCCUUCAGACGCGGACAUACGACCUUUACAUCACCUAUGAUAAAUACUACCAGACUCCUCGACUCUGGCUCUUUGGUUACGAUGAAGACCGGCAGCCAUUGACUGUUGAACAGAUGUAUGAGGACAUCAGCCAGGACCACGUGAAGAAAACGGUCACCAUUGAGAACCACCCCCACCUUCCUCCACCAGCCAUGUGCUCCGUACAUCCCUGCAGACAUGCUGAAGUGAUGAAAAAGAUAAUUGAGACAGUGGCAGAAGGAGGAGGAGAGCUGGGAGUGCAUAUGUAUCUUCUGAUUUUCCUGAAGUUUGUGCAAGCCGUCAUUCCAACAAUAGAAUAUGAUUACACAAGACACUUCACCAUGUAGCUCCGUGGGCCAACCUGUGCUUCAUCUGAUGCAGCAUCAGAUGACGGGAGGGGUCGGAGAACAGCUGAUUGGUGUUGUUAUGAUGAUUUCUGGAUUUUGGGUUGGGACCCAUGAAAGGAUCAUGUUCGUUUUUCUGAAGAACCCAGAGGGCCACAAUGAAGAAGUUCAGCGUCGUAGAUCUGGUUAUCACACCGGAAGAUGGCGUCUUUCAGCUUCUCUCUUUGAACUCAAUUUAAAUAUGCAAAUCAGGUUCCAAAAGUUAAUGCAAAACUGAAAUCUAGUUGUUCUAAGUACCACAGUCCAGAGCUGAAUGUGAGGCUCCGCACAUCCGAACACGCUUCCCUUCAGUUCAGGAGUUGCUCUUCAUAGUCUCUUCCAGCCGUCGUUUUCGGAACGUGUUUUAAAUAGAUUGCGUCGUUGCCCCACGCUGUGUGCUCCCAGUGGCUUGCUCGAUCUGUGGCGUCUGAACAUGGAGGUGUGUUUGUAUUUGUUCCAGCUCACUGCAACCCUGCAGCUUUAAGCUACAAUUACCUUGGUUUUGUAAGAUUUGCUGCUGUUGCUUUUCCAUUUAAAUAAACUACAACAUGUAAGAGGA